CUCCUUUGGCGUCAAAUGAAGCAAAAGAAUAGAAACGAAAGCAGUUUGUGGUGUGUGUUUGGGAAUGCAGUGGAAGAGAGAGUACACGAGCGUGAUGAUAGUCCCCACCGGAAUUGGAGCCGCUAUUGGUGGAUACGCUGGUGACGCUUUGCCUGUGGCUCGUGCCCUCUCCUCCGUCGUUGAUUGCCUCAUCACUCACCCCAACGUAAGCACUCCAUUUACUUCCCAUUCGGAUAAGCCUAACGGGUUACUCGGUUCAUUCAGAUAAACCUGUUGCGGGCAAGCUUUAGCAGGCUGGGCCUAAAAAGCCCGAAUCUAAAUUGAGUUCGUGAAAAUGAUGAUUAAAGCAGGCAAAGCCUUAUACUUUUGUGCUUAAUGCUGCAAUGCUAUACUGGCCGAUGCCUAAUGCAUUAUAUGUUGAAGGUUAUGCUCUGGACCGAUUUGCAGAAGGGUUAUGGGCCUUACAACCUGUUCACCAAAACAGGGUGGGAUUAGUUCUUGAUGCUGGAAUAGAGGAGGAACUCCGGGUUCGCCAUUUACAAGUAGCUGAUGCUGCAAGGGCAUCUCUUGGAUUGCCUGUUGUAGAAUAUAUUGUUACGGAUACUCCACUCAAGGUAGAGAAGUGGGUGGAUCCAGAAACUGGCCAAUCAACUGGGAGGAUUAAGCACCCGGAUUCUUUAGUUAGAGCUGUGCAGAGUUUAGUGCACAGAUCAAAAGUGAAUGCCAUUGCCGUUGUUGGACGUUUUCCAGAUGAUGACACUGAUGAUGUGGAUGACUAUCGGCUGGGAAUGGGAAUAGAUCUAUUGGCAGGAGUUGAGGCAGUUAUAAGUCAUCUAGUGGUGAAGGAGUUCCAAAUUCCUUGUGCACAUGCUCCUGCAUUGUCUCCACUUCCCAUGAGCCUAUCUCUUAGUCCAAAAUCAGCAGCUGAGGAGAUUGGGUAUACCUUCCUCCCAUGCGUGCUUGCUGGCCUAAGCAAUGCUCCACAAUACUUGGUCAUGAACUCCAAAUCCAUGGAAAAGGGUUGCAUAUUAGCUAGUGAUGUGGAUUCUGUAAUCCUUCCCAAAGAUACUUGUGGAGGGGAUGCAGUUCUUGCUUUUGCAAGAAAUGAAAAGAAAAAGCCACUUAUAAUUACCGUAGAAGAAAACGAAACAGUUCUCAAUGAUACUGCAGAUAAACUUGGUCUUGAAGUGCUGCAUGUAUCAAACUAUUGGGAGGCCAUUGGAGUUGUUGCAGCACACAAGGCAGGGAUAGACCCGUUUUCACUUAGAAGGGAUAAAAUUCUCAGCGUCGGAAGCACUUCUUUUAUGCCUGUUAAUGGUCACUCCAUUUCAAGAGAGAUUAUUUCCUGAUUAACAUUUGAGAAUUGAUGAUAAAUCAUCGGUUAUUAUUAUUAUCGUUAACAAUUGGAGGGAAUAGUGUAUAGCCUUUUGAUUGUCUUAUAGCCAUAUAUGUAUUUGAUUUUAAUAUAUUUUGUAUUCUUAUUAUGGUUUAUUAUUUGAUUUUAGUUCUAUUUUUAGGUUUAG